AUGCCUUCGGCCGGUGAUCGUGUCUUUGACAUUGCCGAACUCCGCUGCCUCAUCCUGUCCCACCUCUCCUGCACAACAGAAGACCUCCGAAGCCUCUUGCGCCUCGGCGCUGUCAGCCACACUCUGCGCAACCACGUAUUGUCGGACUCUCGCUGCCGCCGCCUGCUCUAUCUCGAUGCUGUCGCCUGCGAUUCCGCUGCGCUCAUCAUGUUCAAAGAGCAAUUCAAAAUCUCUGCGUGGUCCUUCUGCAGCCAUUGCGACGACAGCGACAGGCAGCAAUGUUGGAUCUACAGGCGCCGCCAACGGUCCUCGGCCGUCCCUCCGCAAGUUUUUACGACGAGCGUAGCCGUGAACCCGCUCCUCCACGACCACUUCCCCAAACUCUUUAUUUCUUGGUGGGAGCACCGCAUGACCGUCGCUCUUCCAAGAUCUACAAGUCUGUCCACCCUGUUCACCGAGGCACAGUUGCGCAAAGGGUCAUCAUGUCGGGAGAUGCUGAUUAUGCAGCCGCCGCUCACGCGUCUCUACAUUGAGGGUUGGAACCGUGUAGCCUGGUCAAUCGCGAACAAGGAAGGCGUUAGGGUGGGCCAGUUCCUAGAUACGUUGGUAAUGAUGGAAGAGAAGAACAUGAAAGCGAAGGCUGCGGCGAAGGCAGUUGAGAGCGCUAUCGGUGGUUGUGGCGAUGAUUGA